CCUGCUUUUGGUACGUGCGGAUUUUAAGACAAGAACUGCACUCAUGGAUGCCUUUCAACUCCUUUCCCGGGGGGGAGUACGCUUUGACAAGCAAAGAUUCCAGUCGGAUGUACGGCUGUUCAAUAAAUCGAAUAACACUGAAACCAAGGCUGCCGUGUCGGUUUCGCUGGACUCGCAGUUGCCUCCAGAGCUCGAUUUUUUCAAGUAUGCUACGGGCGGACAGAGCAAAAGAAAAGUAACGCAUGACGAGAGCGUAGCUGGAGCUUCGAGACCGGCGGACCCCUCAGGCAGUAUUCAGAAAAGGCGAAAGGUCGAUGCAGAGGAUCAGCUUUCGGAUGAUGGUUCAAACGAUGAAGAAGCGGACGGUACUCCGGCACGCAAGCAUCGCGUGGUGUCAAAGGGUUCAGAUGUUCCGAUGCCUGCAGAUAAAUUUGAGGAAUUGGCGGAGCGCUAUGGGAUGGCUCCCCGUCUUCUUGCAAACCUUCGUGAGCAUAAUUACAAGCACCCAACAGGUGUACAGGCACACGGAAUACCAAUAUUACUUGAGGGGCGUGAUCUUGCUGCCAUCUCGCCUACGGGUACCGGAAAGACCCUUGCGUAUCUACUUCCCGUGUUUUCGUCUUUACGUGCCCCAGUAGCAAGUCUGAACGAUGCGGGGUCAGGCGUUCGUGCUCUCGUACUCGCACCCACCCGCGAACUAGCUCAUCAAAUACAUAACGAAUGUUUGAAGCUAGCGACUGGCCGCAAAUGGCGGCUAGUUUUGUUCAACAAGGCUACCGCUAGUACCUUACGCGACAAGAAUGUGAGAGAUAAAGUAGACAUUAUUAUAAGCACACCGUUACGUCUCGUUGCUGCAAUCCAGGAAGGUAGCCUCGAACUCAACAACGUUCGACACUUGAUACUGGACGAAGCAGACCGCUUACUCGACAACGAGUUCAUUGCCCAGGUCCAGGAAGUGGUGGCAGUAUGCACGUAUCCUGACGUGCGCAAAGCCGUAUUCUCUGCAACCCUACCAGCUGGUGUCGAAAAGCUGGCAAUGGGAAUGCUUCGCAAUCCAAUUCGCAUCGUGGUUGGCUUGAAGGAUACUCCUCUUCCGUUAAUUGCCCAAUCUCUCACUUACGUUGCUGACGACGCGUCGAAACUUCCGAGUCUUUUGACCUAUCUCGCUCAGCCUUAUAAUCCCCCACUUCUGAUAUUUACUUCAACGCAACCCCGCGCUAGUUCACUGGCAGAAGAGCUCACUAUGAAUGGGGUACCUAACAUAAAUUGCUUACAUGCGGGAAUGACAAAGAAAGAGCGUGACGAUGCGGUUAGCCGCAUGCGCCGUGGAGAGAGUUGGAUUAUGGUAACUACGGAAGUUAUGGCGCGAGGGAUGGACUUCAAGGGUGUAAGAGAGGUUAUCAACUAUGAUUUCCCGAUGAGCGUGCAAAGUUACAUACAUAGAAUCGGUCGUACUGGUCGCGCCGGUCGAGAGGGCAAGGCAGUAACGUACUUCACCGAUGCUGAUGCUCCCUACUUAAAAUCAAUCGCAAACGUUCUGCUACAGUCCGGAUCCUCGGUGCCGGAAUGGAUACUCAAGCUGCCCAAGCCCUCGCGACUGAAGAAGAAGCAGAUGGGGAGGGUUAAGCGUGCCGAGACUGUCAAUCCUGCGCGGAAAAUUGGGCGACGGGAUGCAAUCAGGAAAAGGGACAUGGUUACUGCGUCCAAACGGCGGAAAGAGAAGGAGCAGGCUGUUGAAUGUGUGGAUUCCGCAACCUGACAAGUUUUCUUUUAUCGGUAAUAGUAGUGCGCAUGCAAAUUAUUGCCCCCGUAGUGAUUAGGUACUGGGCAUCAAACACUUACUUACGAAGGAAGUGAUUGUGAAAUGUGAAG